UCACCGGAGUCUGGAGACCGGUCGACGAGCGAUGUAGCGGCGCCGGGUCUUCACUGUGGACCCAGCCGUCUGGAGCGGUGGACUGGAGCCGCGGCAGCUUGGUGGAAAGUGCAGAGACCAGAUUUCACGGAACGACAGAAUGGCAGUGGGCCGGCUGUUCCUGGCCCUUCUGGGCCUGGCUGCUCACACCUCUGCUAUGCAGGGGUGCGCGCAGUGCGCUGAGGGGGGCGCUUCAACCGGAGCCGUUCACACCGCGAUCCGGUCCGGCAGCAGCGGUGUCAACUACCGGCCCGUGUACACCAACCAGCAGGUGUACAGCCAGUCGUCACCGGUGUACUCGCAGCAGUACACGCAGCAGUCCAGCGGCCGGUUCCCGUCGGUCGGAGCCUCCUCAGUGGACCCGUGCGUCCCCUCUCCGUGUGGACCGAACACGGAGUGCAGCAUUGAUAACCGGGGUAUCGGCGUGUGCCGCUGUCUGCCCGGCUACUUCCCCAAGCCGGAUACCAUCACCGGCUGUGGGCCCCAGUGUACCAGCGCCAGUGAAUGCGGGUCUGGGUACAACUGCGUGAACAACAAAUGUGUCCGCUCCGGCGCAUCUGUAACAGGCAUUCGAGGCACAUCACAGACGAUUCACCGGACCAAGACGGUCGUCUCCAGAAACCCAGCCGCCGCCUCUGCGGAUCCGUGCAGUCUGGGUCUAUGCGGCCUGAACGCCAACUGUGACAAUGUCGGAGGCCGGGCCGUAUGCUCCUGCCCGGCCGGCUACUCGGGCAACCCUCUCGUCCAGUGUAACAAGGGCGAGUGCACAGAGGACUCUCAGUGCGGCGCCAGUCUGGCCUGUAUCGGUGUCAACUGCGUCGACCCGUGCGCUGAGGUGCAGUGCGGUCUGAACGCCAACUGCAAGGUGAUCCAGCACCGUGCCAUCUGCAGCUGCCCCCGGGGGUACAGCGGUGACCCGUUCGUCAGCUGCACCCGGCAGUCGCCAAGGGCGGCGUGCAGCCCGUCCCCCUGCGGCACCAAUACCAACUGUGAGGUCAAGAACGGCCGGGCCAUCUGCAGCUGUGUGCAGAACUACAUCGGUGACCCGCUGGUGGCCUGUCGUCCCGAGUGCACCAGCGACGCCGAGUGCGCCGGCCACCAGGCCUGUUCGCAGAACCGGUGUCGCAGCGCCUGCAUCGACGCCUGCGGCGAGAACGCCCGCUGCGACGCCGUCAACCAUCGCCCGGUGUGCAAGUGUCCCCAGUUCUACAAGGGCAGUCCUCUGACCGGCUGUUUCCCGGAGUGCACCAGCCACGCCGAGUGUGCCGGAAACCGCGCAUGUAUCCAGCUGCAGUGCACGGACCCGUGCGCCGGCGCCUGCGGUAUUGGUGCUGAUUGUCGCGUGCGGGACCACACGGCUAUCUGCUCGUGCCCGACCGGCUACCUGGGCCACCCGUACGACCGCUGUACUCCGCCCGAUCCGGCUGCCGCCGUCGCUACGGCCGCCUCUGUCCACGGAGGAGGGUCUUCUGGCACCGUUUGCGAUACCUGUGAGACGAGCGCCGGCAACGCUGGAUCAUCUUCUGGAGUGUUUGUGCAGACUGCUCCGUCCGUGGGAGACCUGUGCACGCCGAACCCGUGCGGACAGUACGCCGAUUGUAACCCGGGAACGGACAGGCUGGGCCAGCCGCGGGCCGUGUGCACGUGCCCCAAGGGCUACCUGGGAGACCCGCUGACCGCCUGCCAGCGCGGCGAGUGCGUGGACCACUCCAACUGCCCGGCCACCCAGGCGUGCUACAACUACAUCUGCACUAACCCGUGCCUGAGCUCCUCCGGCGGCAACGUGUGCGGCACGAACGCACUGUGCCGCGCCCAGAACCACAAGGCCAUCUGCUAUUGUCCUCCGGAGUACACUGGGGAGCCGCUGACCGAGUGUCGGCUCAAACCCGUGGCCAGUAACCAUAGCGGUUAGACUGGCUAACCCAAAUAUCAGCAGACUGGACAAGUCGCUGAAGGAAGGAGUCCACAACUAACAGUCAGCACGACAAUCGACAACCGGGGAGGCGAGAAGAAUGAAAGGCAUUCACAGGCAGUUUUGUUCGACCUAAAUGAAUUAACGAGACUUUCCGAGUGUCAGAAACACCCUACACUUGUUCUUGUGUUAGCAUGACAGGUGUUGCGUUUAAUAGUGUUGUAGUGAGUGGAUGUUGUGAAUAAAGGAAGAUCAGCCACUAUCAGGUGACAAGAAGAUGCUUGCAUGAAUUCAUAACGGUUUUAACCCAUUUUCCUCCUGCUGCGGGCAAGAAUUUUCUAGGAUGCUGAGUGAGUGAUUUCGGUGUACUUAGGAAUGGUUGUGUGUAUAGCUCUGAGACACGUGCUGGGCUGAGAAGGUGCGAACAUUUCGUUGAUGUGGGUUUUGUGCUGAAAUGUUCACAUUCAGGUGAAAUAUUCGCUGGCAUCGCAUGUGUUUUGACAUAGGAUAACACAUUCAUGUUCUGGUCAAAGCAUAGAGAAACAUUAGAUUUUAGAGAAACAUUAGAUAAGUAAAGCGAUGAAUGAUAAAUCUUCUUGAAAUAAAUGUAAGUAAUCUUCGAAGGUA